UUAAAAUUAACAAAGAGCAGAUCAACUAGUUAAACUAACAAACCCUCAAAAGAAGGCACAGAAGAAGUAGAACAACAGCAACAAAUCAAGAGCGAUUCAAGUUUCAAAGUGAAAAGAAAUCGUGUUCAAGGGUUCCGAUCGAAACUGUUGUUACUUCAGAGAAUACAUCGACAAUGGCGUCGAAGAUCGAUGGAGUCGAAGAGGAUAAAAUCUCACGGCUGGAAGAAGGUACGAUCGCCGUCCGCGUCGCCCGUCUCUGUCCCGCAUCUAUCGUCGCAUGCAUCCAAAAGUUUAUGGCGGAGGUGAUCGGAACUUACUUCGUGAUCUUCGCCGGAUGCGGAUCGGUGGCGGUGAACAAGAUCUACGGAGGAUCGGUGACUUUUCCGGGAAUAUGUGUGGUUUGGGGAUUGAUUGUUAUGGUUAUGAUUUACACAGUGGGACACAUCUCUGGAGCGCACUUCAACCCCUCAGUUACCAUCACACUCGCCAUUUUUCGUGGCUUCCCCUGGUGGCAGGUUCCAAUUUACAUAGUAGCUCAAGUAUCAGGGUCACUUCUUGCAAGCUGCACAUUGGAUCUAGUGUUUGAUGUGACCGUUGAAGCAUUCUACGGGACUGUGCCUGCUGGAUCUAAUGUUCAGUCGUUUGUUCUUGAAAUCAUCAUCACCUUCCUCUUGCUGUUUGUUGUUUUUGCCACCUCCAAUAACACCGGUGUAGGAGAAUUGGGUGGAGUUAUUGUUGGCAUGACCAUUCUCUUAAACGUUUUUGUUGCCGGGCCGAUUUCUGGAGCGUCAAUGAAUCCAGCGAGGACCCUUGGACCCGCGAUAGUGAGGCAUGAAUUCAGAGGACUAUGGGCUUACAUUGCGGGGCCGUUGAUCGGAGCACUCGCCGGAGGAUUCGUAUUUGACCUAGUGAAGCCAAUAGGGAGCUGACCAGAAGCAGCUCCUGCCUCACCGGCAGCCGGAAAACGUGACCACCGGCGGGCUCUUUGCCCUCAAUUUUGACUGCUAAAGCAAGAAAAUUAGCAUGCGAGCGAGAUCGUCAUUCAUUUGUAUUUUUAAUGUGAACUCGCGCAUCAUUUCUUGGGUUUUUUUUUCUUUCAUUUUUUCGUUUUUCUUUUUAUAUAAUUUUUUUGAUAUCUUCAGCCUUUUUUAGUCAAAGGGUUAGUACCUUUUUGCUGUUGAAUUUGAAUCCCUCCGAGAAAUUAAUUUAAUCAACGGUGACCUAGAGAUUUUUGUUGAAAA